AUGUCAGUGACCCACUCUGCAGCUCCAUGGCCGCAAUCAGACGACAAAGACGACGGAUAUGGCCAAGCAUGCUACUCGCCCAUGCCUACCAUCCCACAGCGGUCUCGCCAGCGGCCCAACCAACGAUCCAUUGAUUCCACCCAAUCGUUCGAGACGGCUCACUCGUCAGUGUCCAUUUCCACCAGAGAUUCGGCGGUCUUUUCGAGUAACGACAACUCCACAGUCCCCUCGCCACAGCAACUGGAUCGAGAGUGGCCCGACCCCCACUGGGAUCUGAAGACGCCGACCUUGGAGUCGUUCCAGGACGCCUUCCAACCCAGAACACACUCCGCCGGCCUAGAUGAGCCCUUCUCAGCCUCCAUCUACACAAGCAACAGCAACAACUACACAUACGACACAGCAUCUGCAACUACCGAGACCGACAGUCUGCGGGCGCCCUCCAUUGCUCCCCGAAUCCCUGCUGCUCGUCUGCACAUCCCGCCUUCCAUCUACGUGCCCGAAACGUUGCCUCUGACGCUCAAUAAGAACAGCAGUAGCAAUACCUCGAGUCCCCAGCUAGACUGCAACAUUGAGGACCCGUUUGCCAUCCCCCAGCACACGCCGUAUAACCCGGACCGCACCCAGCAUCGUCAUCUGUCUCACAACUUCAAUCUGGACGACUACAGAUACGACAACUACGACGAUACCCGCGACUUUGUUCUGGAAAGCGACGACACCUUCUCCCUUACGGACUCCGCAUCUUUGAGAACCGACGAUAGCCCCCGUACAUCUGCCAUGCCUCCCAAACGGCGGUUGGAGAAGGAGCUCCCACCUCUACCUCCACUGGAUCAUGUCUCACCUAGCGGCCUAAACAAGCGUAUCCCCCCGGGCCGUCAACAAACCCAAAUGAAUGCGACUCUUCCUCCUCUUCCACCCAAAGACCGUAAGCAACAGCAGACACAGCAACACCAACGGCAGAAUUCACAGCAGCUCAGCAUCCCCUCAUCGCCACCUUUGGAUGUGCACCGAGCUCUGCAGUUCAAAGACCCCUUUCUGACCCCCUGGAUCGAUAAGUCGAAACUUCGACAAACAAACGAAAACGAACUCGACAGCAUGUCCAUCAAGGCCAACGACGAUGUUGGUCACGAUAACGAUAGCGAGAGCUACCUCCCCUCAGGCUACCGUUCCAUGGACCCUUAUCUACGUGACUCGUACAUGGGUGCCAUUCAGGGCGACCACAUGAUGGAGAAGAGCUCGUCCAGCUCGGAGGACGAAAUUCAGAUUAACACCGCCAACGUGGUGAUUAUCAAGAGGGAGGACGAGCGACAACAGAGCACAUAUCUCGAUCCUACUGCCAUGGCUGACUCCGUUUCUUCGGGCGACUUCUCUUUCUCACAGUUCCGUAUCAGAGUCAAUCUUCUUCGAGAACUGUACAUGUCGGAAGUCAACUACUACAAGGACCUCAGUGUGGCUCUCAAGGUUUACCAGCGAACCCUCAACUCCUCUCGAUACAGGGGCUUCGUAUGUAAGCAUGAUAAGGACGUUUUAUUUUCCAACCUUGACGAGAUUCUGCAGGUCUCCAGCCGACUCAUCAAGAACAUUCGAAAGAACUGUCCCGCGCAAAUUCUCGACAAGCGAUACCCUAUCGAGGGUAAUGAGCUGGGUCUAGUCACCCAGGAUCUGAGUACUCAAGUGGGCCAAGUGCUAUUGGACUCCAUUUCCGAGAUUGAGCUUUCGUACCAGACUUAUUGCAACGAUAACGAGAAGCAGAUGGAAACGUUUUACCGACUGUCUCAGCUUGCUCCCCCUCGACUGCUCAUCUGGUUCUACAACUGCACAGAGUACACCAAGGAGACUACCACAGCCUGGACUCUAGACUCAUUGUUGAUCAAGCCCGUCCAGCGUCUGCUCAAGUACCCCCUGCUACUCAAGAACAUGCUCUCUGUGACUCUCGCCUCUCACCCCGACUAUAUGAACGUUCGAACAGCCCUUGUUGAGUACGAAGUUGUAGCUGACCGAAUCAACAAUGUCAAGAAGCUCUUUGACAACAACAAGGCUGUCCAGCGAGACUUGCCCCCUCCUCCUUCCCAGUUGGCCACCCCUCCCAUGUCUCCUCGUCACUCUCAAGUUUCUUCCGCUUCUACACAAUCUCCCACUUCUUUCUACUCUGCUGAGCCUGAGUUGCGAGAACUCAAGGGUGUGUUUGAGCGUAACAGCAUGGGUGGCCUUCAGCCUGUGCAUUCUCACAUCUCCUCUUCUCACCAGAGCAUGCUGAGUCCCACCUCUUCUACUCACUUUGAGCGAAGGAAGGCUUCUUCUCCUACUGAGCUGCAUCAUGGGGGCUCUUCCAAGCAUACCAAGCUUGCUCACGACGAGCUGUUCACCCAGAAGCUUCUCCACGACCAGAUCUUCUUCGACAACGUCAAGUCUUUCUACAAGCAUGGACACUACAUCAGAGACAUGUUCAAGCUCAUGACUGUGGAGAUGGCCAAGAUUGACGACUUCAUGAGCUCAUCCAAGGCCAUGACUGUUCUCUACGAGCGUCUGCUUCCCGGACGAGCCCAAGAAGUCAUCACUCUGCCUGUUUCAGACACUGCUUCUAUGCAUUCAUCUCGUUCGGCCUGGUCCGCUCGGUCGAAUAAGUCUCCCCACGAGACUCUGACUUUGCAGCAUGCCAUCCUCAAGCAGAAGAUGACUGCUCGAGUCCUGGCUCCUCUCCAGCAGAUGCUCCAGAUCUACGACGUGGUCCGAUCCAAGAUCAAAAAGCGAGACCGACUGGAGGGCUACUACAUCCGAUACUUAUCUCAUGAAUGGGACAUGCGACCCCCCAUCAACCUCAAUCUUCUUGGACUCAACUCGGAUCAUACUUUGGUGGUCCCCCCCAACUUGGAGCCCACCACUCUCAAGAGAACACAGGAGUUGGCUGAUAUGUACAUUACUUCGACUGUGUCUCUCAAGGACGAGUUCCCUCAGCUGUUCCAGAUGACUCAAGAAGUGUCCAAAACGGCAUUUGCCACCUACAUCCACAUCAAACAGGAUUGGACCCAGAGUUUCAAGGCGUCUUUGCCUGAUCUUUACAUUUAA